AUGGACGGAACAGAAGGGACCCAAUGCGACCAGACCCCGGUCACAACACUGUUGAACAUCCUUGUCUCCAAACGUUUUCGCUCCGACGACAGACCACCAGACGAACAACAGACCGGACCAAGCCUGACCAGGACCACAGUAGACUCUCGACAGCAUCAGGGGAGUCUAUCUAUCUAUCUGUGUGAAUCUAGAACAAGGUCUUCGAACUAUGCUAUAGCCGUCGACGGCCAUCUGCUCCCAAUGAAGUCGUCUAGAGCAGUAACGGCGACUCUUCGAGGUUGUACCAGCACCGGCGCCUCUGUAACCGACCCGGCCCGACUUACACGAAUACUUCCCCGCAAUGCUCUCCAAUGUAGGACAUACAGCAAGUCCUCAAGACCUCUACAGUCGAUAUUUUCUUUCCUAAACCGAAAUGAUCCGGAUAAGGUUCCCGAGCCCGGGUUCCCGGUCAUGCAGUCUCACGAACGUCGAAAAGAAAGGAUCAAGCAGGUCAAGGAGUCAUGGAAAAACCCGAAGCCCGCAAAGGUACCCUCGGUUCCUAUGCUCUCGCAAACGAAUUUGUUCCAUCCGUUGUCAGAGUCGCCUAUACCGGAGAUGAGGGAGAUGGGCAAACGAAUUCAGGAGCGAGCGGUCUGCCCGGUCGAUGUAGCCCACGAGGUUGGGAAACAUCAGGUCAAAUUCGAGUGUCCUGACUGUGGAAUUCCAAUUUACUGUUGCGAGGACCACUGGAUGGAUGACUAUGAGAACCAUGUUUUGGUGUGCGAAACCUUGCGAGAAAUCAACGAAGACGAACACGACCUGAGGUCUGGGCGUGAAUUUCCCGAGUUCGAGUAUCAGUUAUUAGAACAGGAAGAUGAUUGUCUGAUCAACUUUACAAAUUGGGAUACUUUCUUAUAUACAAGAGAAUUUGAAGCUGUCAAUGAUAUGAGAGCGCUGCGACAGGUCACCAAGUUGUUGACAUAUCCUGUCACGGUUGGAAGUGUCAUUCAUGAGUUGAGCCCUUAUAACCUUAACAAUCGAUUAACAUAUGAAGGAUUGAAGAGCUUUGCUGCAACAAGGUAUUCACUCCAUCCGGUUCUAUCUGGCAGCGAUGGUACUCUCAAGGGCCAGAAGCAGAUACCACCGCCAAUGCGUAUCUUUGUAUUGGGGGCACGUGGCGAGGCCUCACUUCCUCGCGAAGUUUGGGCACAGCUUCCCUUCAUGUUCCCGCGAGUGAACUUCCAUAUUGCAUUCAUCGGGCCUGAAGUCUUCCUCCAGCGUCCAAGGCAUCUGGACUGGCCGCCUCCACCACGUUCGCCCGGGAAUCCAUUCGGCACUCUGUACGAGCGUCCAGCACCGCGUAUGAAGAUCUCGAGUACGAAUGAGUAUUUCCAUACUCUAAAUAAGACAGGAAUGUUUGCGCCUUACGAUCCGUACUUCGAUGUCUUCGUACUGUUCCACCCAGGAUUUAGCCAUCCGGCUAGUGCGACAAAUUGGGAAGAAACACUGCCAAUGUUACUGGAAACGAAGUGCCCGGUUAUCGUAACGGGUUAUACCAAGGAAGAUAUGGAUAAUGAUGUCGAAUGGGUAAACAAUACAGCAAAGGGCGAGUUUGAUGUCCUCAUGGAGCCUGGUCAGAACCGGUUUAGUAGUUUAAGGUGGAACAUUCUAGAAACCGAUCCAAGCGGGGGUUUGAGUCAAAGCAACUGGGGAGUCUGGGCAUUCAGAGGAAAACGAUACGAAACCAUGCAACGUGUAACGACACCCGAUGUCAUCCCAUUGUAA